AUGUAUACUCUUCUUCUCAUCACUCUCGCCGCCACUGGCGCUUUCGCUGCUGCCCCAAUCAAGGCCCGCGAUGCUGGCAGCAGUGGCUUGACCGUCGAGCAAGCCGGCAACCAGUGCGGUAACGGCCAAGUCAUCUCCUGCUGCAACACCAGCACCGACACCAGCGGCGACGGAGGCAUCCUCAGCGGCAGCUUGAACGACAUUCUUGGAGGCAGCUGCAGCCCCAUUCCCGUCAAUGUCAUCGGCGUGCAGGUUCCUCUCCAGCAAGCCUGCGGUGACAACCAGGCCGCGUGCUGCACCGGCGACCAGACUGGACUCGUCAACGUCCAGUGCACUCCCAUCGCCCUUUAA